AUGUCUUCUAUCUCAGGUAUUUUCCUCCUGGGAACCACCCAAAGAGGCUCGUCAUCGGCGGGACUCGCACACAUCGUCGCAGCCAUUGCCGCGGCCGUCCAUCAAGCUUACAGGUUUCCCAUCUUGAGCACGCUCAGCGAGGACUCGCAGUUGCUGGAGGAUACGGUCAGGAACUUCACAAUACAGGCGCACCGCCUGCAAUUCAACAUUCACUCCUUCUACGAAGAAGGAGAGACCAAUAUCGCCCAACUGGCUCAUUCUUCUCUGAGGAGGUUCAUUUCGCCCGCCUCUAAAACCACACUUGUCAGAAGAGACUCAGCCUGCCUUCAAGGAUAUAAUGGCACAGCUCUGACUCUGGAUCAUUUCCACCUAAACAAGUUUAGCGACCCAGAAGACGCAAACUACAUCCUGGUGAGACACGUGCUGGAGGGAAUAAUGAUCAAAGCCUCAGACCGAUGCCAAAUGGACUCUUUCCUCCAGUCUUGGGUUUCGGAUGCCUUGGACGCAUGGGUCACUAACGUCAGCCUGGAGCAUUCCGCGCAGACGCCAGCAGCCAUACCCUUUAAGGCCUUCACCAUAAAGGAUAUGGCCUUCGAAAGAACGGUAUACUAUCGGAACCAGGGGUUUGGAGCCUGGUGCACCCUUGAACAGGCUAGAGAUACCGCCAGCGCUCUGUUCUCGGUUGAAGAACAGCACACUUUUGAUUUGUGCUCGAGUUUGGUGCCGAGUUAUGAAGAUGGCAGUGCGAGUCAGACGGUAUUAAUGAGAACAGACUGCCCCCCAGCUUUCUUGGCAUGCCUGGAGAUUGAUCUGGGCGCGAGCCUCUGGAUCGACACUUCGAGAGGACGACUCUGUUUCGAUCGCCAUUUCAAAGGUUUUACGCAGCUAUACGAAAAUCCUCAUGACAAAGCCAUUACUGCCGACAUUGUUGCCAUUCCUGAGUUAUAUAGAUAUGCGUGUUCCUCCUGGCGGGCUGAGGAAAGUACCCAUGGGAUAUGGAUACAGGACUUCUUCCAGAAGGACCUGUCUCAGUUCCGUCUGCUCAUAUAUGGCUACAUCCCCAACUUCGCCGUGGAGGGCAUCGAGUCAGUGAACAAGUACUGUGACGAACUCUUGGAACGGCUGCACUGUGUCCGUCAAUCACCCGAAGAAACACACCGACCUUUGAUUCUCGUAGGCCACAGAAUUGGGUGUUUCCUAGCCUCCCAAUUGCUCCUCAAAGCUGCUGGCUGCCAGGAGCCCGGGACGAUGACCGGUUCUCUAGCGGAUAGCAUCACCGGGAUGAUCUUUUUUGCAGUUCCCCGCAGGGCCGAUAUCGUCGAUGAAAUCCAGGACAUGCUCAAGGACGGGGCGGACUGUCCGAGCCACCACGUCGUCGAGAUGGUCAAUGGUGCCUUGGACGCGCUGAGAGACAACCUUUGCGACUUUGAGGUCUAUCUCGGAGACGGCGAAUUCCUGAGGUUGGAGCCAUCACGUCCGAAAGAGACGUUACGAGGGACUCUGACGCCCUGGUCAAAGCUUGUCGAGCUUUUCGACCUUGGCUCGCCCAUGAUUACCACUCCAGUAUUAUGUGUAGAGAAAACUCCUGGAGACCGAUCCACGGUUGCCGAGCUAGAAACCAUAUCCUCGCCGGCGUACAAGCGCAUACUCAAGUUCCUUCGGUCUCACGAAAAGGAUCUGGUCAGCCGUCGUAAACUCGAGUGGUUCGAGGCAGCGGGAGUUCGACAGCUUGGUAUCACCGUCUUGCAUGAUCCCAUUCCGCCAUAG